AUGCUACAACAUCUUGAUACAACAACAACUGCCCCAACAACAACUGCUACAACAACUGCCCCAAAAACUGAUAAAACAACAAGUGAUACAACAACUGCCCCAACAACAACGACUGCCACAACAACAACUAUUACAACAACUGCCCCAAAAACAGCUGCUACAACAACUGUCCCAACAACAACGACUGCCACAACAACAACUGCAUCAACUACAUCAACUGCUCCAACAACUACAACUGCUACAACAACUAGUCCAACUACAAAAACUGCUACAACAACUGCGCCAACAACAACUGAUACAACUGCCCCAACAACAAAGACUGCCACAACAUCAACUUCUACAAGAACUGCCCCAACAACAACUGCUACAACAACUGUCCCAACAACGACUGCCACAACAACAACUGCUACAACAACUGCAUCAACUACAUCAACUGCUCCAACAACUACAACUGCUACAACAACUAGUCCAACUACAAAAACUGCUACAACAACUGCCCCAACAACAACUGAUACAACUGCCCCAACAACAACGACUGCCACAACAUCAACUUCUACAACAACUGCCCCAACAACAACUGCUACAAUAACUGCCCCAACAACUGAUAAAACAACAACUGCUACAACAACUGCCCCAACAACAACUGCUACAACUGCCCCAACAACAACUGAUACAACAACUGCCCCAACAACAUCUGCUACAACAAUUGCCCCAACAACUGAUAAAACAACAACUGAUACAACUGCCCCAACA